AGCCGCUGCGGGCCCGCGCUGCGCGGCCAUGGGCGAGGCGGAGGGCGGCUCGGCGGCCGCUGUGGAGAAGCCGCCGCUGCCCGCGGCCGGGUCGGGAGCGGCGGCUGCGGUCGCUGCCGCUGUUGCGGCCGCCGCGGCGGCAGCGGCAGGCGCCCCGGAGCCCGGCGUGCCGGCCGAGGAGGCGGUGGUGGUGUGGAGCCCCGAAGUGGAGGUGUGCCUGUUCCACGCCAUGCUGGGCCACAAGCCCGUAGGUGUGAAUCGCCACUUCCACAUGAUUUGUAUCCGGGAUAAAUUCAGUCAGAAUAUUGGACGACAGAUUUCUUCCAAAGUGAUUUGGGACCACCUGAGCACCAUGUAUGAUAUGCAGGCUCUUCACGAGUCUGAGAUUCUUCCGUUCCCUAAUAUAGAGAAGAAUUUCGCUCUUCCUGACGAAAUGAUUCAAGAAGUGAGAGAAGGAAAAGUCAUGAUGGAAGAAGAAGUGAAAGAGGAAAUAAAAGAAGAGAUGGAAACGCAUACAGGUCCAGAAGAAGUUUUUGCACCCUCUGGAAGUUUAGCAAAAACAACUGAAAAGCCAAGCAGCAAAGAAAAAGAGAAAACUUCAUCAGAUUCCGGGUCCAAAGAAGGAUCUGAUAAGAGGAAGCGCAACAGAGUCACUGAGAAGGUCCUAAACGCAAACAGUAAUCCCUCCAGCCCGAGCGCUGCGAAGCGACGCAGAACGUAGAGAGAAGCGAUAAACUGCGACGUGAGGAGCAAACAGUAAAAACAAAUAGCAGGAUAGUCGCUACGUAAACUCUGUGAGGAAGGACGAAAUAUCUGAGCCAAGUAUUUGAAGAAUGUCCACGUUGGCUUAAUACACGCAAGACUUCUUGUCCAAUUGCCCGAUGUGUUUUGUGGCCAGUGGUGGCGGCUGUCUCAGGGCGCUGGGGGAGAAAUGCGGCAGCGUCAUGAGUCUGUGCGUGUACAACAACUCCGGUGGGUGCAUUUCAAACCAGUAACAGGCUCUGCGCCCGCGUAGUUCCUGGAGACAAGUGCCCAGCGAAACACAGAGCCUCAGUUCAUUAAAAGCACCAGUUAUUUCUGUAAAUUUUGGGUUGUUUUUUCUGCCUUUAGGGUUUUUUUGCUGUCUUGGACUAUUACACAACUGUGGGUAGUGUUUGGUGGUUUUACUUACUGCAAACAGAAUGUUUGCAUCAAAUGUCUGAAUUUUUCGAUUGAGUAAAACUAAAACUUUUUUAAAUACAGAUAACUUGAAGUUGAGUUGAAGUAUAUUUCACUCUGUUUGCUGGAGGAGCCUUCUUUCACCCUUAGUGACGUAACAUUUUUCAAUCUACAUCGAUAUGCCCUAAGUGAACUGAAAAUGAUAAUGCCCCUUGAAUAAUAAUAAAAACCCCAGUGAUGUCACAUGGUUUUCUGAUGGGUCAGCUGAGCUGAGCAUAAAACUGGAGAUGUUGUUUCAUCCAUUUCUAAUACCGUAGUACAUAACAGUGGGUUUUGUACGUCUUUAUUUAUUUGUUUAAAGCAGUUUUAGUAGAUGUUAAUGGAAUUUGUAUUCCAAAAUGUUAAUUUUGUUCUACAAGUUAAGAAUCUUACUGACAUUGUAAUGCUUGUCCUUUCUAUGCUAGAAAAUUAAGAUUUGAAGAAGUUACUGGUUUUGUGUUGGGAGAAGAUGGACCAUUUAACAAACACGUGUUAAGUGGUGAACAAAGUAGGCUGAAAUGUUAAUUAAUUUGUUUCACCAUAUUAACUAUCCGUUAAUAAGAAGAAAAGUUACUUCUUGAUCUGUCAGUAUUGGCUUUGAGGUGAGGGACUAGGAAUCUACUAGUUUUUGCUUUUAUUCUAGGUACGUAGUCAAGUUCUUCUUUGUCUUACCUGCUUCACCUGUUUCAUACCAAAAAUAAAUUUGACUUGUUUUUAUUUUACUAAA